GACGCGGACAACUUCAGAUUCGUUGUGGACCCCUACGAGGAGGCCCGAGGCCCAGAAAUGCUGACUCCUGUCUCCGUGACCCGGGAAAUUUUGGAAAGAUUCCGAGACAUGUUCACUGCGAGAUGGGCGGGGCAUCUGGGGAAGAAGCAGUUUCCCAGCCAGGCCGAGUGGGAGCAGCUGCUGGGCAGCUGCGGAGGCUUUUUCUUCUACGGGAUGGAGAGCUUCCUGUCCCACAUAUUGGUAGAAAGGUUGGCCGCCAUGAACUUGGAAGAGUGCCAGAUGGUGGUGCUGCUGGACCUGGCGCGGUCCUGCGAGAGCAUGCGGCGCCACGUGGAGUCCUCGCAGAACAAGAGGUGCCCGGGGUCCCCUCCGCUCGGGCUCAAGCCUGCAGCCUGGCCUCCGGCAGCUGACGAGGAACCUGGGGGGGCAUCUGAGCCACGGCUGUCCGCCUGGGGCACUGUCCUUGCACCCCCUGGGCAGCUGGGAUGCCGUGAUCCGGCCCCCAGACCCUGCCUGGCAGAGUCCCAGGGCGGGGGGAUGGAUGGACGGUGACCCUGCCUGGCAGAGUCCCAGGGCGGGGGGAUGGAUGGACGGUGACCCUGCCUGGAACUUCAGGAAGCUGGGUUUGGGCCAGGAAGCAGACGGCUGGCAACUGGGAGGACACCCUGGCUUCAGGGCUCCCCGUGUCACCUGUCACCCCCCCAACCAGGGCCUCUGUGGGCUGCAGGCGGGCGGAGCAGAGGACACCUUCUGGCAGGGUUCCCCUCCUGGCCCCACACCCCAUGACUGGGAGCGCCCAGAGGGACUUGGCAGGGCUCUGAAAUGACUUUUCUU